CUCUUCUGAAACACUAACAGGAAGUAACGGGAUUACGUUUUUGGUUGAGAGAGCAUGACAUAAACCCUAAUCCGUGUCAUGUACAUUUAAUUAUAGCGAUCAGAAGAGUAAACUACAACUUUGCUUUUCUGCGUUCUCGCUGUUAUUUUUUUAUUUUGUAAGACCAAUUGAGGUGUGAUGAGGUGACAGCAAAGGAACCGCCGAAGCGCACUCUGGCACCUUACAUAACCUCAUGCUCUACAGGUGAAGACAACACACCAGCACAAGUGGUUUAACUUGGAUAGGCUACUGGUGGAUUGACACACACACACAGAACAGAGGACAUGUGGUGGUUCCAGGAAGGUCUGUGUAUUAUACCAGUAGCUCUGGUAUUAUGGACGACAGCCACGUUCAUCUUCGAUUACAUCACAGCUGUGGUGCUGAGACAUGUGGACCCACUGGUGCCAUACAUCAGUGACACAGGGACAGUUGCCCCAGAGAGAUGUGUGUUUGGAAUCAUGCUGGAUGUGUCAGCCUUUCUAGGUGUAGCCACUGUGUAUGUACGCUACAAGCAGGUCCAAGCCUUGACAGACGAAGAGGAGUCAAAGCUCCAUAAACUCAACGUCUUGGGCCUGGUGCUGGGAUGGACCAGCUCCUUUGGCAUGUGCAUCGUCGCUAACUUCCAGAAAACCACUCUGUUCUUCAUGCACCUGGUGGGGGCGAUAUUGACGUUAGGUGUGGGGGCCCUAUACAUCCUGGUGCAGACACUGGUGUCGCUGUACAUGCAGCCUCACGUUCACGGGAAGAGUAUAUUCUGGGUCCGACUCAGCAUAGGAGUCUGGACCUUUGCCAGCAUUAUCAGCAUGUUUGUUUCAUCUGUCAUCAUGUACAGCAGUCUGCCUGGAGUGGACGUGGCCCAUAAACUGCACUGGAUACCUGGAGAGACGGGCUACAUCCCUCACAUCAUCAGCACCAUCUCUGAGUGGUCUCUGGCUCUGUCCUUCGUCAGUUUCUUCCUCACCUACAUCCGAGACUUCCAGAAAAUAACGCUGCGGGCAGAGGCGGACCUAAGGAGUAAUCACAUGUAUGAUUCACCACACUACAGCAUCACCACACCUCUCAACCAAUCAGAGACCUCUCCACUGCUGGCGGGGGGCAUCUGAACAAGACCACUCCUAGUAGUGUGGUUGAGUCGAGCUGUAAAUGUCAACAUACUGAAUGGAAUAAAUUAGAUUAUAAUGCGGAUGGUUCGAGCCCUGAAUGCUGAAAGCCGUGGUAUAUUAGACCGUAUACCACGGGUAUGACCCACAAACAUUUUGUGUUCUAAUUUAGUUGGUAACCAGUUUAUAAUAGCAAUAAGGCACCUCAGGGGUUUGUGGUAUAUGGCCAAUAUACCACAGCUAAGGGCUGUAUCCAGGCACUCUACGUUGCAUCACGCCUAAGAACAGCCCUUAGCCAUAGUAUAUUCGCCAUAUACCACACCUCCUCUGGCCUUAUUGCUUAAACAUAGAAUGCUGAGUGUGCAAGUACAAAGAUACUGCUGAUAAGCCUAAUUCUUAGGUACAGUAGAAAUGCCACACGCCAUUUUUAAACUGACAUGCCUUUUGAUGUCAACUGCACUAUUUUCACUGACAUUUGGUUCUUGUGUUAUGAGCGGUACAUAUUUGUAUUGGGCCUAAGGGCAUCAUCUGACAAAUGUCAUCUGUGGUGUGUUCAAGGUUUUUACACCUUGUACUUUUUUUUAGAAUUCAGAACACAACUAUGCUAUUCUUAUCAACCACUGGAUGGUGCCAAAGAGCCAGCAACACGUUUGGUUCUGCUUUCUUACAAGUCUAGCAACCCCCUCAACACAAAAAUAGAUAUGAGCAUUUGUUUCUUCCCCAAUUAUGAUUUAAAUUACUUCCAUACAGACCCAUGAAAAAGUAAGUCAUCUCUUUAACAUUGAAUGGAUAAAAUAUAGGGGAUGUAAGCAGGUUUAAAAUAUUACUGAAUCUCUAUGAUUCUCUGAUUAUUCAUUUUGUUUCUACUAAAAGUGGAUUUUGUUGUAUAAGAAAAUGGCAGCUGGCUACUUGUAUUUGCACAACAAACACUUGUCUCAAAUACAUAAUUACAGUUGUCGGUUAGCUGGUGAAUUUUAGCCAUAAUAGCAUUGAUAUGAAUUCAGUCAAAACACUUCAAAACAAAACAUGGUAUCAAGAACAAGAUGAAACGAGUCACAAUUCCCCACAUGGUAGUUUCGUGUCAUUGUUGGUGGCCAUCUGGCCAUCCAGAAUUACAACUCAUGGACUGCUGCCCCAUUGAACUGUGAGGAUCUUUUGUGUGACGUUGUCAGCUAACUCGUGGACUGCUGCCCCAUUGAACUGUGAGGAUCUUUUGUGUGACAUUGUCAGCUAACUCAUGGACUGCUGCCCCAUUGAACUGUGGGUAUCUUUUGUGACGUUGUCAGCUAGCUCUGGUUAUUCAUUUGUUUUCUACUAAAAGGUUUAUUUUUAUUAUAUAAAAAAUGGCAGCUGUAGCCACCUGUUUCUAUGACACACUGGAGGUGUGUGGAGGAGGUAUUGCUGUUAACUGACAGGGAAAUAUUUUAGGCAAAUCUGAUGUUCCAUGUUUCCUAAUAAAUGGUCACAUCUGCAGAACUACA